GUCUACGUGGGGAAGAAAGGUUGGUCUGACCGUGUUCAAACACCAACAGCACCGAUGCCCAAUCCAGGUUAGCUCCGUCCCCCCUGUCGAACCAGUCCUUCCCGCCCCCUCGUUAGGCAAAUGGAUGCGUUGAGCAGUGGCUGGGGCGUAUAAAUGGGACGGAGAGCCGACGACAGCCUGUAAUGCUGCGCCGGGUGCGGCAGUCUCUCCGCCGGCAGGUGCUGUUUCUGAUGGCCCGGAGACCGGCUCUACUCUGCGGGGCUGUGGUGCUCGGCGUCCUGCUCGUACUGGCCGUCAAGUUCACAUGCAGUCGUGCUAAGAAUGUUGUGGCAGCAGCUCGGCCUCCGGUGCGGUUCUUCUCUGCCGACGCCCCGGUAGUGGACCUCUACUUGGGUCAGCUAGACCAGGUGGAGCGUCUUAGGAGUGUAGCGGAGGUAUCUCUCAUCUUCUUCUAUGCACCGUGGUGUGCUCACUCGAUGGCUGCCCGACAAGAAGUGCAGCAAGUGGCUAAGAAGCUGGCCAAACAGGUGCAGUUCGUGGCCGUGAACUGCUGGUGGAAUCAUGGGAAAUGCAGGAAGCAAAACCGCUUUUAUCAGUACCCCAUCAUCCAUCUGUUUUAUAGAAGAUUUGGGCCUAUAGAGUACAAGGGUCCAUUUGUGGCUCCAUAUGUGGAAAGUUUUAUCCUCAGAGUCAUCACACCACUCACUUACCUCCCAUCGAGAGCCACACUCGAAGAGUUCCUCUCCUAUCACGAGCCUCGAGUGGUGGGUUUCUUCCAGUUUAACUCCUCUCCUCAGCCACCGGGGUACAUCACGUACCUUUCCUCUGCCCUGCAGGCCUUAAAAAGAGAUUUCCGUGGUGUUAUACGUUUCGGGGUUGUGACCAACAAACAGGUGGCAGAGGCCAUCUCAGUAGAAGACGAUGAAACAGUUUACCUUUACAGAAGAUUUAACUCCUCUUUGAUCUUCCCUCGAAGGGAACGUAACUUCACAUCAGAGGCCAUCUGUAAGUGGGUGUUUGAACACCAUGAAACCGUCCUCCAGUGGCUGCAGCCUCCAGGAACAAAGUCCCGCCUCCUGGAAUAUGAGCUAACUAAAGGUCCGGCACUGCUGCUCUUCCUGCCGCACAAUCCACUUGGAUCCAAGCCGAGCCCUGUACUGCAGCAGGUUGCAGACAUUGCUGUGCGUUAUCAUUCCUGUGACAACAACAACCACUCCAGCUUGGACAAAAGUUUCACCACCCACUUGCCAUGCUGCCAGUCGGUUCUUCUCCCAGAGUCCAGUACAAAUGUGUGUGAGGUGUGCCUCAGUUUGUCACGAUCGAGCCUGACCAGCUCCUCUGUGCGCUGCUCUUUCUCCUCCACGACUCACGGAGGAGACAUGUUGCAGUUUUAUCUCAGACACUGCUGCCUACACCGACUGCUUGCUGUGUCCAUAAACACCACAACCUCAGUGGGCUGUAGCAACUUUCUGAACAGCUACAGCCCCUUUAGUCAAUACAGUGCCUGCUGCAGAAAAGUUGAACCUCAGCUCAAUGAAUCACAAGCCAAAGAGGAGUCAGACAUGCAAAGAGUUCCCCUUACACCUCCUCCUCCUUCAUCCAUCCCUCCAUCCUCUGCCCCUCAGCAGGGAGGAGACGGCAUCACAGGUCUCCGGUGCCAGACCAACAGGACGCUCAGGUUUUAUGUGCUGGAUCUUGCUCUGAACUGGCCUCUGGCAGUGAGGCUUGGAGCAACAGGCAACAGAAGUGCUUCUCUUUACCAGGAGCAUGGUGUACAAAGCGAUGGGUCGUUUGCAGCUAUCGUGAACCUGAAGGAUGAGGUUCAUUACGUUCUCCACCGCAGCCCGGCAGCCACGCUGACAGAGUCUCUUGAGGCCUUCAUCAGGAACUUCAGUGCUCCAUACAGCCUCUUGCAGAGACACUUAGUGGGAGAAGAAGACAGGAAAGGAGGAGACGAGGAAACCAGGCAUCCAGACACAAACCAGCACUCGCCUCCACGCCUCCUCAUCACAGAACUGACCACCUCCUCCUUCCUGCCCUCCGUCAUGGACCUCGAAAAGGAUGUGCUGCUGUUCUACUACACUCAGUGGUGUGGAUUUUGCUCUGUUCUCAACCACAUCAUCAUCCAGCUGGCCAGAUUAUUACAGGGAAACAGCACCAUCACUGUGGCCAGGGUGAAUGUUGCACGUAAUGAUCUUCCAUGGGAGUUCAUGGUGGAUCAUGUUCCCGCUAUUCUUCUGUUUCCCAAAUACAGAAAACAUUUUAGCGUGAAGUUUCCUGAUGACCUGCCCAUCACGUUACCCAACCUCCUUCGCUUCAUCCUGCAGCACUCUGGCUCUGUACAACAUGCAGACAAACCAGUGCCAGUGUCUAGCGAGGCGGAGAGUGCAGGACCUGGUGCUGUCCUCCGUGCAGAGUUUCUGGCACUCCAGCAAGAGGUUCAAGUGCUGCGUCAAGCCCGCAAACGUCUCUCCGAACAGCUGGCACAGCUGUGGCGCGACAACCGCCGACUGACAUUUGACACUCUCAGCUUAGAAGCCCAGAACACAGAGCUGCAGCGAGAGAGGCAAAGCUUAGAGGAGCAGUACCGGGAGAAAAGCCGGCAGCUCGGGGAGGCGGUGAGACGGCUGCAGGAGCUUGCAGACACUGCUGAAAACCUGCUGAAUGAGAACACAUUGCUCAGGGUCCUGCUGAGGGCACUGAAGGACAGGACAGAGGCUCAAGAGCAGGUAGAGGUGGAGAGACAAGAGCCAGAACAGAAAAGAAGCCAUAUGGCCUCCUGACCACGAGUCUGUAGGGAAUCCUGAGAGAGAUGCAGAGAAGAGGAGGAGAGAGGAAAGAGGGCCAGGAAACAAAGACGGACUGAAAUGGAUGAAGAAAAAAGAUGCGAUUAGACCUGAGACUGAAUGAUGACGUCAUGCAUGACCCAA